AUGGAUGAGAAUAUUCUCCAAAGUCUGGCAUCCCAGAGGACGCAACAGUGCCAGUUGAUCGAUCUCACCUUGGGUAAGAUGGGGAAACUGUAUGAAGCUGAGUCGACCAUCUUGCGUGACCUCUACAAGGAGGAUCGAUGGCGCUGGUCCCCAGAAUAUGGCCUCCAAGUCGGACUCCCUCAAGACCUGAAAGUUCAAUGGUUUUCACGCGAAUCAACUCAUGAUUUGCAGAAUCGGGUUCGCCCCUUGACUCUUACUGACGGUGAUCCGGAUCCGAAUGCGGAUCGACGUUUGGAUACUCAAGACUAUUUGUGGCUCUUGUCACAGUUGUUACAUUACGAGUUGGGCUUUGCGCUGACUCCUAUCGACGCGGCGGCCAGGAUCGCAGUCGCCCUCCGCACUGGUAAUAUACGCCAACCAACAAAGCUCCAGCGUCGCGCGCUGAACCUGAGACGGCAGUACCGAGUUCCAAAUAGUCUUCAGGACGAAGAACUGGAAUCAAGCUCAGAGGUCGAUGAACAAAUGACCGGCUACAAAGGUGAAUCAGAAGGAGAACAAGAGCUCGAAGACGACAGCACUGAGGACGGACUGGCUCCUACACAGUCCUCGCUUGGAUCUAGCCCGGAGAGAUCAUUGGCAUUGGAGCACAUCAUCACAAACAGAAAGGCGUUUGCCCUCGACCCUAUUGGAAACUCUGGUGGCCACGACUUCAACCAUUGCUAA